AUGACAAUUGACACAAUAUCGCACAAUGCCAUAAACAGAGCUACAGAGCAGAAGUCGCCAAAGGAUGUGAGCGUGACCCACUACAAAUGUAUAAAUAAGAAGGGAAGGCUCACAAGGAGUAUAAUACCUCCGAAAUUACAGAAGAGGAUCCAAGCUGUCCGGAACAAGCACAAGAGCAAACACCGAGCGAGGGCAACUUCUCCUUUGAGGAUGACCAGUUGCAUCUUCAAAAGUCCUAUGACCCGCAUAACGGCCCACCCUGAAAAUACCACCAGGCGCAACAAGCAAGAAGAAACGCUGGAGAAACCCCAGCAACUCUGUAUAUUCAGGAGACUGCAGGAAUAUCACAUUGAAGACGGUACAGGGAACCUACUAGGUCCACUGUGUCUUUCUAAUCCCACAAAAAGAACUGCACGAAGGUUGCGGGCUGGAACCAUGGUUGCUAGUGGUGUCAAUGGUCUGCACACUUCAAGGUUCACCUCUGUCCAAUCCCCGAGCUGUUGCCAUCUGAACCUUCAACAAGUAACUGCUGCGGAUAUCCGGAGACAGUCCCGGAGGGUGGCGAGGGCCAGGAAGAGACUGGCCGAGGCCUUAGAAUUAGACAGGCUUGCCAGGCAGGAAGAGAACAUGGAGGCAUAG